AUGUUAAAAGUCUGGUGCUUACAUGAGGGUAUUACCGAAGUGAUAAAGAAAGCUUGGGAUGAUCCUAUAACUGGUACUCCUAUUCAUAUCCUUCUCAAAAAACUUAGAAAUGUCAAGGCUGCUAUCAAAGUAUGGAAUAAAAAUUCUUUUGGAGAUAUUGAAGAGAGGGUUUUAAGUACUAAAAAAGUCUUGGAAGAUUUUCAAUUAUCACUUCUUGAUAACCCUACAAAUGAUAUGUUUGUAAAGGAAUGUCAGGCUAAGGAUAAUUAUCAUGAUGCUUUGUCCUCUCAAGAAAUUUUAUUUGCUCAAAAAUCAAGAAUUCAUUGGCUAAAGGACACUGAUAGAUGUACAUCCUUCUUCUACUCUAAGAUGAAGCAACACCAUCAAUUUAAUGCAAUUACAUCAGUGGAGUGUGAGAAUGGACAGGUUACAACAGACAUGGAAGAGAUUAAAAAGGUCUUUGUUGAUUUCUUUCAGUGCCUUUUUAAAGAGGCCUCAGUUGAUAAUACUUUUGUAAUCAAACCUAGGCAUAUCUUAUCUCCAGAAGACGAGUUGAUCCUGGAUUCUCCUAUUAUAAAUGAAGAGAUCAAGACAAUUAUGAUGAAUUUUAAACCAGAUAAAGCUCCUGGCCAGACGGUUUGCUAG